GAUUCUUAUAUAUAGAUUAAACUCAAUGAAUUGGUUGCAAUCAAAUCCAUAUUUCUUCCGUGUGAGAAAAAUGGGAUGGGUUCUACUUUCGUACUUCAUGAUCUUUCAUUGUUUGCUUUUUCAUUUUCCUUCUUACAAUUGUUUGUUGUGCAACCCUCAUGACAAAUCUGCCUUACUACAAUUCAAAAACUCAUUUCUUACUAACUUUUCAUCUCAUGUUUUUCCGUCAGAAGAUGUUUUUUCUUCCUCGGAUUCUUCAAAUAUGAAUUCUUGGAAUAACUUGACAGAUUGUUGUAGGUGGGAUGGGGUCACGUGUGACAGCAGGUCAGGCUAUGUGAUCGGUCUAUACAUUUCCUGCAGUGAUCUUAGAGGUGAGCUACUGGGUCCUAAUAGCUCAAUUUUCAGUCUAAGACACCUUCAACAACUUAUACUUGAUUCUAAUGAUUUUUCUGGAUCUUCGAUACACUCUACAAUCGGUGACCUUGUCAACCUCAGGCAUCUACAUUUACUUAACUCUGGAAUGACUGGUGAUGUUCCCUGCACAAUCUCCCACUUGUCAAAGUUAGAAUAUCUUCUUAUAGGUAGCAUCGACUCGUUAAAUGAUCCCAUCAAAAGGUAUUCCAGAAUGAGACUUGAUGAUUACACAUGGAACAGACUCAUUCACAACGCAACUAAUUUAAGAGAGAUUUGUUUAUUUGGCAUGGACAUGUCUUUUAUUAGAGAGAGUUCUUUGUUAUUGUUGACCAAUUUGUCAUCCUCUUUGGUUUCUCUCGUCCUCUUGGACACUCAAAUCCAAGGGAAAUUACCCACCAACAUCCUCAAAUUACCUAAUCUCCAAGAAAUAUAUCUGUCAUGGAAUAAAAACCUUAGAGGUGAACUUCCCAAGUCUAAUUGGACUACUCCAUUAAGAAUCUUGUCUCUCUCUAGAACUGCUUUCUCAGGAUACAUUUCAGAUUCCAUUGGUCAGUUGAAGUCUCUUAACUUGCUAGAACUUCGGGAUUGCAAUUUUGAUGGAUUUAUUCCACCAUCAUUGUUUAAUCUUACUCAACUUUCUUUCUUAGAUUUAUCAUAUAAUAAAUUAGUUGGCCCCAUUCCAACCCAAAUCACCAAAUUGCAAGGACAUAUUCCAAUUCCACCUAAUGGCCUUGAAAUCUUUUUAGUCUCAAAUAAUGAGUUGAGUGGGGACAUUUCUUUAGCAAUGUGCAAUGCAAGCACCCUUUCUAUACUCAACUUGGCUCACAACAACUUGACAGGACUUGUUCCACAAUGCUGGGGAACAUUUCCUUCUCUUUGGGCGCUGGAUUUGCAAGACAACAACCUUUACGGAAGCAUACCUGAUAACUUUUCUAAUGGAAAUGCCUUUAAGACUCUAAAGUUGAAUGGAAAUCAGUUGAAGGGACCAUUACCACGAGCUUUGGCUCAUUGCACAAAACUCGAAGUUUUGGAUGUUGGAAAUAAUAACAUAGAGGAUACGUUCCCCUAUUGGUUAGAAACUUUGCCAAAUUUACAGGUACUCAGUUUACGGUCAAAUAAAUUCCAUGGUGUCAUCGCUUCUUUCGGCAUCAAACCUCCAUUUCCUAGUUUGAAGAUUUUUGAUAUAUCUGAUAACUAUUUUACCGGACCCUUGCCAGUGUCAUACAUCCACAACUUUCAAGGAAUGAAGGAUGCGAAUGACAAUCAAAAUGGUUUGAAAUAUUUGGGUGAUAAUAGUUCAUAUAAUGAUUCAAUAGUGAUUGUGAUGAAAGGGCUAUACAUGGAACUCACGAGGAUACUGACGGUUUUCACAAGCAUUGAUUUAUCAAAUAAUAUGUUUGAAGGAGAAGUACCCAAAGUUAUUGGAGAGUUGCAUUCUCUCAUAGGGCUUAACAUUUCACACAAUAGAAUCACUGGUACCAUUCCAUUAUCACUGGGUAAUUUAAACAAUUUGGAAUGGUUGGACCUCUCAUGGAACCAACUGAAGGGUGAGAUUCCCAUGUCUUUGACAAAUUUGAAUUUUUUGGCAGUCUUAAACCUUUCACAAAACCAAUUUGAGGGAGUAAUACCUACAGGACGACAAUUUAACACAUUUGGAAAUAAUUCUUAUGUUGGAAAUCCAAUGCUUUGUGGAUUUCCUUUGUCGAAAUCCUGCAAUGAGGAUAAAGAAAGGCCACCAUGUUCAACACUUGAUAAAGAAGAAUCAGGAUUUGGAUGGAAAGUCAUUGUAGUGGGAUAUGCAUGUGGGAUGAUCUUUGGAAUAAUAUUAGGUUGUAAUGUUUUCUUUGUUGGAAAACUCGAAUGGCUUGCAAGACUUGUUGAAGUUGUGUUAAACGUGAGACUCAUAAGAACAAACAUAGCAAAUCAUGCAAAUGGUUGGAGAAGAAAUUAGUGCACUUUUAAUUUAAUA